GUCAAAAACAUAAAGAAGCUCUCUCGUGUGCCAACCGGUACCAUGUGAAACGCUCGAAGAGAUGAGCGGAACGAAAAUCUUUCGGCUCACACAUGAAUUUUGAGUGCAGAUAUAAUAAAAGUACGGGUAUAGCCAGCAGAUUAGGUGUGGCCAAGUUUCUUAUUGUGUGGGUGGCCUGGGCUAUCGAUUGUUGCAUUUUAUUUUCCAUCUUGAAAAGAUUUGAUGAUUGCAUCACGGCAAUUAAUCCGACUAAUUGUGCUCAAGAAAACUUUCAAUCGAUUAUGUUCGGUUAGCGUCGUUGCACCAACAUCCAAAACUACUAAAGAGGCACUAAAAGAAUUACGAGAAAAAACCGGGUACAGCUAUGUCAAUUGCCGCAAAGCACUCAGUGAUUUUGGAGUAGAUAAUCUGGAUGAGGCUAUCAAAUGGUUGAAAAAAAAGGCUACAGAAGAAGGCUGGGAGAAAGCUGCAAAACUUGGUGAUAGACCAACAAGACAAGGUGUUGUGUCGGUGAUAGCAAAGGGCAAUAAAGCAGCUAUCGUUGAAUUAAACUGUGAGACGGACUUCGUUUCCAGAAGUGAGGAUUUUAAACGAUUGGUUGAAAAUGUGGCUAAAGCGGUUUUGCAUGCUACUGAUCGGGAUGGAACGAUUAUUGAUGGUUUUGAGUUACUGAAUUCAAGUAUUAAUUCUCUUAAAACAUCAGAAAGUGGUGAGCUGGUAAGGGAUUUAAUUACGGAAGUAAUCGGUAAACUUGGCGAAAAUAUAACUCUUUCGAGAGCGCAGUUAAUACUGGCACCACCUGAUGUUCAACUUUUUGGCUACGCACAUCCCAAAGAAGGUACCGACACAGUAUGCAUGGGAAGAUAUGUAUCGGUUGUUGGCCUGAAAAGAUCGAACAAAACAAAUUUUCCAAUAGAAAAGCUAGGACUGCAAUUAUGUCAACACGUUGUGGGAAUGAGGUCUUCAACACUGGGCACGCCGUUACCUCUAGAGGAAACAACUUCUGUAAAGGAUGAAUUACCUCAGGGAGAUGAAAUCAACGCUUUUUAUGAUGGGAAGGUCACUCAUAUCGAUGAAAGUGAAACUCAGCUAUUAAGGCAACCAUUUAUGCUGAAUCCUUCGCAGACAGUUCAUAAAUAUGUUGCUGGACAUGGAGCCAGCAUUGUUGAUUUUUAUCGCGUUGAAUUGAGUGAUAAUUUGAACGAAGAACCUAUUCAAAGUUAACCUUUUUUAAUCUUUUGUUUUUUUCCUUUUUUGGAAUAUACAAAAUUGCUUAUGUCUUAUCCCCACAGAAUCCUUCCAUCUCACGCAAUUUCAGCGUCAUAAUUUAGCUUAGGAUGCAAGCAUUGUCUUAGGUUUCAUUAACACUUCAGUUGUCGUUAGAAUGGUGCGUAAAACACUUGUUACGUAUGUCGCAUACUCGUUUUUGCAUGCUGCAAUAGUUGCAUACUUCUUGCAGAUGCACAUUGCAGUGGCAGAUUUAUGGAUUUUAACUUUAAAUUCUUGCUUAAUGUUUGUUGCUAUGUCUCAUUUUUUAUUCAUUUCUCAUUGUUAUUUAAACUGUUACUGUCUCGCACUAUAUAGUAUUAAAAAAAUUUUUGAGGACCG